AUGCCUGACUUCAGAGGUAGCGGAUUUCGCGUGAGGGGCGACACGGAGCAGGCGGUGCAAAAGCUGUCUGCCGCGUUCGCGAGGGCCUGGAUCACCAGACGCUGCUGGGCGUCACGGCAGCGGCAAGACCUUCACAUGGCGACAUCGGCAGGCGGUACCCAUGAGCCCACCAUCGUCAUCGCGCACAAUAAGACCGCUGGCGGCCAGCUGGCCCAGGAGUAA